AUGCUAUCGAGUAGAUUUUCCUUUUUAGGCGGUCGAGAUUCGGGUAGGGAAGAUCAUUCUCCGAAGGUCAAACUCCUUCCUAUAUUGAAACUCGAAGCAGAUAAAGAAGUAUAUCGUCCUGGUGAUCCAGUUGUGGUCACCAUCGAGAUCUCCAAUCCAUCUACUGCGUAUUCAUUUUUAGUUGAAAGACUGAGUUUUGAGAUUAAAAGCAUUGAGAAAUUGGAUGCUCAAUGGUUUGCCACACAGAAACCGUUGCUAGGUUCAAAGCAAAAGAGAGAUGUAGUACGAAUGCUUCUGCCUAGCAUUGUUCCACCAUCUUACAAGGGUUCAACUGUUCGCUAUUUUUACUAUGUUAAAAGUGCAUUAAUGGGAGAGUGGCUAGUGAUGGAAAAUGGGCAAUCAUUUGCAGAGUCUGUACAAGAUGUUACUAAUAUGGUUAGAGCAAAUGAUAUUAAUGAUGGUUUAGAGGAAGGAUAUGACAGCUCAAGGGAUGAAGUAUCCUCCGUUUCCUCAUACAACCCUGUGAAACAUAAUCUGCGCAGAAGCUUUGGAAGUUCAUUAUCAUUGCGUUUAGUCCUGAAACUCACAGAAACUAUCUUGUUUCUUAGUAUCCUUGAUGAGAAGAAGUUCAGAAAUCCUUUUUCUGCCGAAGAAGAUGCAGGAGUUGCCUCUUCAUCAGAAGCUGCAGCCAUUAACUCUGCUUCAUCAGAAGGCUUCAUUAGAGGAAGGUCAUAUAACAUCCGGCUGGACGACCAAGUUCUGCUUAAAUUUUCGCCAAAAAAUUCCGACUCCAAUUAUUACUUCAGUGAUAUGAUAGGUGGGACUCUAACCUUCUUUCAUGAAGAGAGAGCUAGGAGAUGCCUUGAGGUCUCAAUAACACUGGAAACUUCAGAAACUAUAAAUCGGAGAUUUGUCCACCCUUCUAGAAAGCAUUCCCCCACAAUCACAAAGGUCCAGAGUGACCAUUAUGAAGUUGUUGCCGAUUUGGUGCAGACAAGUUUUCUUUUCUCUAUCUCCAUGGAUGGGCCAAUGUCGUUCUCCACUCCACGUGUGUCAGUGCAAUGGGUUCUUAGAUUUGAAUUUUAUGCUACUCCAAAGAAUUUGGAUUGGACCAAAACUGGCCAGUUAUCUAUGGCAGUUGACAACAGGCCCUUAUGGUUUCUGAACCUCAAGUAUGAACAUCCUCUUCUGAUUGAGGGAAGAGAAAAAUGUGAAUGGGUUCUUCCGAUUACAGUGCACGCACCUCCAUCUAGGACUUCUGGGACAAGACGCGAGAAACCUGUCUCUCUGGAUCCCUUGUGGGUGCAUAAUUAA